AUGAGAAGGCAAGGAGAAAAGGCAAUGAGAAGGCAAGGAGAAAAAGGCAAGGAGAAAAAGGCAAUGAGAAGGCAAGGAGAAGGCAAGGGAAAGAGCAAGGAGGAGAAGGCAAGGAGGAGAAGGCAAGGAGGAGAAGGCAAGGAGGAGAAGGCAAGGAGGAGAAGGCAAGGAGGAGAAGGCAAGGAGGAGAAGGCAAGGAGGAGAAGGCAAGGAGGAGAAGGCAAGGAGGAGAAGGCAAGGAGGAGAAGGCAAGGAGGAGAAGGCAAGGAGGAGAAGGCAAGGAGGAGAAGGCAAGGAGGAGAAGGCAAGGAGGAGAAGGCAAGGAGGAGAAGGCAAGGAGGAGAAGGCAAGGAGGAGAAGGCAAGGAGGAGAAGGCAAGGAGGAGAAGGCAAGGAGGAGAAGGCAAGGAGGAGAAGGCAAGGAGGAGAAGGCAAGGAGGAGAAGGCAAGGAGGAGAAGGCAAGGAGGAGAAGGCAAGGAGGAGAAGGCAAGGAGGAGAAGGCAAGGAGGAGAAGGCAAGGAGGAGAAGGCAAGGAGGAGAAGGCAAGGAGGAGAAGGCAAGGAGGAGAAGGCAAGGAGGAGAAGGCAAGGAGGAGAAGGCAAGGAGGAGAAGGCAAGGAGGAGAAGGCAAGGAGGAGAAGGCAAGGAGAAGGCAAGGAGAAGGCAAGGAGAAGGCAAGGAGAAGGCAAGGAGAAGGCAAGGAGAAGAAGCAAUGAGAAGGCAAGGAGAAGGCAAGGAGAAGAAGCAAUGA